GGGAACGAGGCACGCGGCUUCCGAUGCGCAUGCGUUGUCAACGGUUCUUUCAGAGUCCCGUAUUUUCGGAGGCCUCCCGGGCGGUGGGGAACCCUAGCACGCCCUACUCGCCUCGGUUUCCUGCCUCUCUCUUCCUUCGCGUCGGGCGUGGGGUGAGAUUCUCUCCGUUUUUCCUGUUGUCCGGGUGCGGCCCCAGCUCUCAGGACCAAAAUGAGCUUGUUUGGAACAACCUCGGGUUUUGGAACCAGUGGGACAAGCAUGUUUGGUAGCACAGCAACAGAUAAUCACAAUCCUAUGAAGGAUAUUGAAGUUACGUCUUCUCCUGAUGACAGUAUUGGAUGUCUUUCUUUUAGCCCGCCUACAUUGCCAGGAAACUUUCUUAUUGCAGGAUCUUGGGCCAAUGAUGUUCGAUGUUGGGAAGUUCAAGAUAAUGGACAAACUAUUCCAAAAGCCCAGCAGAUGCACACAGGGCCUGUACUUGAUGUCUGUUGGAGUGAUGAUGGGAGUAAAGUAUUUACAGCAUCUUGUGAUAAAACUGCCAAAAUGUGGGACCUCAACAGUAACCAGGCUAUACAGAUUGCACAGCAUGACGCUCCUGUGAAAACUGUGCAUUGGAUCAAAGCACCAAACUAUAGUUGUGUGAUGACAGGAAGCUGGGAUAAAACUUUAAAGUUUUGGGACACACGAUCACCAAGUCCUAUGAUGACAUUGCAACUGCCUGAAAGAUGUUACUGUGCUGAUGUGGUCUACCCCAUGGCAGCUGUAGCUACUGCUGAGAGAGGACUGAUAGUUUAUCAGCUAGAGAAUCAGCCUUCUGAAUUCAGGAGAAUAGAAUCUCCUCUUAAACAUCAGCAUCGUUGUGUUGCCAUUUUUAAAGACAAACAGAAUAAGCCUACUGGUUUUGCUCUGGGAAGUAUUGAAGGAAGAGUUGCUAUUCAUUAUAUUAAUCCUCCAAAUCCUGCCAAAGAUAACUUCACCUUUAAAUGUCAUCGUUCUAAUGGAACUAAUACUUCAGCUCCUCAAGAUAUCUAUGCUGUGAAUGGGAUAGCGUUUCAUCCUGUUCAUGGAACCCUUGCGACUGUAGGAUCUGAUGGCAGAUUCAGCUUUUGGGACAAAGAUGCAAGGACAAAACUAAAAACUUCAGAACAAUUAGAUCAGCCAAUUUCAGCUUGUUGUUUCAAUCACAAUGGAAACAUAUUUGCAUAUGCCUCUAGCUAUGACUGGUCAAAGGGACAUGAAUUUUAUAAUCCCCAAAAGAAAAAUUACAUUUUUCUACGUAACGCGGCAGAAGAGUUAAAGCCUAGAAAUAAGAAGUAAUGAGUACAAAACCCUUUGUUGAGCUGGAUUGUUCUUCCGUGCCCCAGUAUGGUUUUGAUCACUAAAAUAUGGUGGAUUCUCAACAGCUAUUGCAUCAUUAGGAUCCACUGGAGAAAACCAUUUGAAUUGUGCUACCUGCAAGAAUGCCAGAUGUCCACAGAGUGACUUGCCUGUUUCUAAUCCACUGUAAUACUGCCUGACAAAGUGCUCUAUAAAUUUAAGAGGACUCAGAUUUGUAUGGGUAUUUGCGUAGAUAUUUUACAAUCUUCAAGGUAUGUGAGUUAUGGGAGAUUGGGACACCAUCUAUAAAGACUGUAUCAUAUUUUGUAAUAAACUAUUUUCAGAAUUGCCUAAAAGUUGUUUUUUUCCCUAAACCUCUCAAGUAUUUAUCUUCUCUAAUGUACUAUUGGACUUGUUUUAAUUUGUAAUUUUGGAAAUGUCCUAUUUGGAAAAGCAAAACUCUUGGCUCAUAGUGGAGAAGAAUCCUGUGAUGUUAUUGUUUAUAAAAUAGAGAAGAGCUGGAAAUACUAUGGACUCCUAACAGGCAAUUUGAAUUCCAUUAUUUUGCUUCCUUUUUUUCCCCCUCUCCAUAUUCACAGUGCUUGAUCAGUUCUGCUGUGCAAGUUUUGUAGCAAGUCCUAAACAGGCAAUGUCUUUGUGCCAAACUAUGUUUAGUUUUGUGGGUGAACCUUCCAAAGCUACAGUGGGUAAUGUAACAUAUGGCCUUCAAGUUAUAACCCAGGUCCCUUGCCUAUUAAGUGCUCUUAAUUCUUUACUGCUAAUAUCUUUACAGUUUUUCAUUGUAUUUUCACUUCAUGUAGUUAAAAAUCCCUAGUAAUUGUUAGAAGUGGAACAAAUCUAAAAUUUGGAUCUAAGUAUUAUGUACCUAAUGAACUUUCAAACCCUUGAAAUUCCUUAUCAUUUGGGGCUAUUGUAUGACCUUAAAAAGCCUGCUAAGUGUAAAAGCCUGUUACCUUUAUAUUGUAAGAUGUAUUUGCCUAUGCACAGCUAACUCAAUUUAGUUUGAAACUUGUUUUCCAGAAAUGAAACUGGUAGAUAAAAGGGGAAAAAAACUGUUAUAAAAACUGUUUCAUUAUGAAUUAUCCCUGUGCUUGGGAAUUCUAAGCUUUAAAAACAAUCUGUUAAAUAAAACAUUCCAUAGAAAGGGCUGUUUUAUGGAAAUACUUAGUACUAGUCUCAGUUAAUGUUCAUUGUCAUUUGGUGUAAAUAAAUUGUCAUUGGCUCCAGUUCAGCCAUACUAUUUUACCUUAAAA